GCAUCCACGUCAGCAUCCCAUGUAGCGAUAAAUACAGCUGCAUUUCACAAGAUUCACAACCAAAUCCUCCUCUCCUCUCUCUCUCUCUCUCUCUCUCUCUCUCUCUCUCAUUCUCAUCCGACGCUUGAAUUCUUCAAUCUUCUUCUCGUUUGGAUUGCAGGAUUCUCUGAUUGUUUCUCAACAAGAUCGAGAGUAUUCGAGAUUCGAGAUUUCAAUAACGUGUGCUCUCCACUCUCACAGGCGCAAAAUGAUCAUCAACGUGAAGGAGUCGACUAUGGUGCGCCCGGCGCAGGAUACGCCUCAAAUUGGACUGUGGAAUUCUAACGUGGACCUGGUGGUGCCGAGAAUGCAUACUCCUAGCGUGUAUUUCUACCGUCCAAAUGGAUCGUCCAACUUCUUUGAUCCGCACGUGCUGAAAGAGGCCCUCAGCAAAGCCCUGGUCCCAUUUUAUCCAAUGGCUGGGAGGUUGAGGAGAGAUGAGGACGGUCGGAUCGAGAUUAAUUGCAACGGUGCAGGCGUCCUGCUCGUCGAGGCGGACACUGGAUCUGUGAUCGACGAUUUUGGGGAUUUUGCACCCACUAUGGAACUUAAGCAGCUCAUCCCAACCGUUACUUACACUGAGGACAUCUCUUCCUACUCUCUUCUGGUGCUACAGGUAACUUACUUCAAAUGUGGAGGCGUAUCGCUAGGCGUAGGAAUGCAGCAUCAUGCCGCUGAUGGCUUCGCCGGCUUACAUUUCAUCAACCAUUGGUCAGACGUCGCCCGCGGUCUAGAUCUCACCAUCCCACCGUUCAUCGACCGGACCCUCCUCCGAGCCCGGGACCCACCCACCCCAAUAUUCCACCACAUUGAAUAUCAGCCCGCACCGUCCAUGAAAACCCCACCAGCAUCCGACAAACCACAAUCCGACACGUCAGUCGCUAUCUUCAAAAUCACACGAGAUCAGCUCAAUAUCCUCAAAUCCAAAUCAAAAGAUGCACAUAACACCGUCGGAUACAGCUCGUACGAGAUGCUCGCGGGACACGUGUGGCGAUGCGCAUGCAAAGCACGUGACCUCCCUGAUGAUCAAGACACUAAGAUGUACAUCGCCACCGAUGGACGGGCCCGUCUCCGUCCAGCGCUCCCACCGGGCUACUUCGGCAAUGUGAUCUUCACCGCUACGCCGAUCGCAGUCGCUGGCGACCUGAUGUCGGGCCCACCAACGUAUGCAGCUGGCCGUAUACACGACGCGUUGGUUGUUAUGGACAACGACUACCUACGGUCAGCAUUAGAUUACCUUGAGCUGCAGCCAGAUCUGACCGCUCUUGUUCGUGGGGCCCACACUUUCAGGUGCCCGAACCUUGGGAUCACAAGCUGGGCCCGAUUACCGAUACACGAUGCGGAUUUCGGGUGGGGCCGGCCUAUAUUUAUGGGGCCCGGUGGUAUAGCUUAUGAAGGACUUGCUUUUGUGCUCCCGAGCCCUACCAAUGAUGGUAGUCUCUCAUUGGCUAUUUCAUUGCAAGCGGAACACAUGGUCCGCUUUGAGAAGUACCUCUACGACUUUUAGAACCCGAUACGUUGCGCCCGAAAUCCGAAACUUUUCGGGCCGAUAUAUCGGAUACGUGUUUUUUUUUUUUUUUUUUUCAUUUUUUCCGGACCUAUGUCAUAAGACUUUCAGACGGGAAAUGCUCCUUGUCAAAUUGCUAAAAUGCCUUUCGGGGUGUGUUGAAUGGAAACUGCUGUUCGAUAAUAAAUAUGUAAAUAUCGCGAUAAUAAUAUUUUAUCCGCUAGUUUUAAAUAUC